GGAGCAAAGUUGAAUGCAGAAAAAUCAAACGGUUUUUGGAUAGGAGCGUGGGCAACCACUCCAAAAUGCUUUGGUGGGAUUUCAUGGAAUCGCUGUCCUUUCAAAUACCUUGGUGUUCCUCUUGACCAAACUCGUUCCACUGAUCCAUAUUGGAGCACCGCCGUAACUAUAAUUAGACGUAAAUCGCAGGCAUGGAGGGCACGAGAAAUGUCAAUUUUCGCUAAAGCAGCCGUCUGUAACACCUUCUUAAUAUCCAAACUUAUGUAUGUUUUGCAAGUACUGCAUUGUAAUCGCUCUAAAAUUCAAGCUUUUCACCGAAUUUUCGCUACAUUUAUCUGGAGUUCUCCUUGGGAACGCAUGAAACGCGAUAAUUUAUUCUUGCCUUUGGACUCGGGAGGCCUGGGCCUGGCGCAUUUAUUUGUGCGCCAGCUGGUCUCAAGAUUGUUUUUCUUUAGGAAUUUAUCCCACCCGUUUCUUCUCAUGGCUGUUCAAAGAAAACUGGUUCACCAUUUACCCUUUCUUACCGUCUCUACUACAAGCUCUGCUCCAAGCGGCCUCUGGGGUUUCUGGAAAGAGGUAGUCGAUACCUUCUUGUUUUUAAAAGUCCGUUUUUCAUUAGACUAUAUUUUUGAAGUACCCAGAAAGCGGUUAGCACAAGCGUUGAUCGAAAGUUUUUUUCCCGCUCCGUUAUACAGAUCUAAGUUCGGUAACUGUGAAGGACAGGACGUUCUAAAACGUGUAAAGCGUAUGUCUGUAUCUCCAAGUACUGAAACGUUCAUGUUUAAACUACACACGUCAACGCUUCCAGUCAAAUGGUGGCUCCAGAGCCGCGGUUUCUUUGUGCCUUGGUCAAUUGACUGUCGUUUAUGCCACCAGCCGGAAACAAUAGAGCACUGUUUUAUUUACUGUACAGACGCGAUUUUCUUCUGGGAUGUGCUCCAAAGAACCCUAAGAAAAGAUAUUGACUUAACUGAUCACAGUAUUCGUUACUUAUACGUCCCGACUGAAACAAAUAUCCCUUAUGAUUUAUUUAUGCUGAUUGGUUUACACAGUCUCUGGAGAUGCCGGAUGAUCGACAGAAAUGCUGACAUUCCACGCACAACUAAAUCCAUAUUUCUGGAAGAAAUUGCAAAAGUUAGAAGUGUUUAUGAGGCCCACCCACCAGUGCCCGACUGGUUUCCUCUGUUUGAUGCUUGUCUAGGACUUCCUGAUUUUUAA